AUGGCUACGAAACGUCCUUCGAAGAAAGUCCACGAGGCCAACAACGUGAGGAGCAUGGAGGCGCUGCCCGACGUGGCACUGGCCGCUAUCGCCUCCUACAGGAAACAGAAGGAAGUCAGCGACUUCAUCAACUUCAUGCUGGAGGCUCUUGAGCGCAACUCCAACUGGCUCAACAAUGUGGUCGGCAAACAAACACAUUUCCGCUGCGCCCUGCUCACCGGCUCCGGGCCCAACCGCUUCCAGAUCCAGGAGAUCAUCUACCCCUCAGACAACCAAGACAUCAAGCUAGAAGUGGAGCUGAAUGAUUCGGAAGACCACGACAAAGUGGCUUUGGCAGCUCUACUUAAACUUAGCAACGCCGACAUGGACAAUUUGUUGAAAUACAUAAAGACCCGUAUUUACGAUAAUGCAAUGCUGAGGGAAGACUUACUGAAGGGCAAGGCUAUGGGCAUAAGUUUUGCUGUUCUUAGACCUUUCACUGACAAGCAAUAUCGAGUGAUGGAGAGAAUAGUGAUCGGUAGCAACAUGAAAUGCGUGGAGCCGAAGAAACGUCGCCGGGAGGACAAAUCAUUAGCCGAAACCAUUCUUCGGAAAACUAGACGAAAAACUUAAAAUAACACAGCCAUAGAUGCAGCAGGAUCGACCAACAUACGAACGUUUCAGAGCAAAAUGGGCAGUCGUUACGGUGCACCGCAGUAGCUCAUAUUAUAGCGUGU